AUGACAUCCUCCGACGUACGAGACGUUCUCAACCUGCCCGACAGCCAUGCAGGUCCUCGACCAGCAAAGAAGCAGAAGACUUCCGCCCCGCGGCCGAACCUGAAGGGUCUCGCGCGAGAAGUACAGAACUUGGGCGGCGACAACCCCAUCGCCAUCGUACCGGAGGUGUCGAUCUUCAAGAAAAGGCGCUUCGCGAGCAGGAAACCGGCCUCGAAAUGGGAGCUCAAGGCGUUCACGAACUCGGCACGAGGGGACAGCGGCGCACUGGUCCUGAAGCACUGGCGACGGAAGACGGGGCCCGAGGAUGGGAGUGCGACGGCGCAAGGCGAUGCGGAGAUGAAGGAUGCGGAUGGCGAACAAACGGCGAAGCCUACGGACUCGGAGUUCGCCAAGUACAAUGUCGAGGUCGACGUGCCGCAGUACAGCGAGGACCAGUACCGGACAAAUCUGCUGAGCGACGACUGGACCAAGGAAGAAACGGAUUAUCUGCUUAGCCUAGCCAAGGACUUUGAUCUGCGAUGGCCGAUUAUAUGGGAUCGGUACGACUACUUGCCAGAGGCCAUCAAUGGUGAGGCUUCGGCUGACGGGGACGAGAGUAAGGCCAUCAUCCCAGUGCCGAAGCCGAGGACGAUGGAAGAUCUCAAGGCGAGGUACUAUGAGGUUGCGGCGAAGAUGAUGGCGGUGCAGAAGCCUGUGCAGUACAUGACGCAGCCCGAGUACACUCUCCACGAGCUCAUGGCCAAGUUCAACCCGAACCAGGAGAAGCUGCGCAAGGACUUCGCCAACAACGCUCUCACGCGGUCAAGGGAGGAGGCCAAGGAGGAGGAGUCACUGCUCCUCGAACUCAAACGGAUUCUCGCCCGCAGCGAGCGCUUCAACGAGGAACGUCGCGAGUUAUACAACCGGUUAGACUAUCCCCAUACGGACCAGGACAUCAGCGCAUUCAAGUCCAGCGCCGGCCUGCAGACUCUGCUGCAGAAUCUCAUGAAUGCCGACAAAUCCAAGAAGCGCAAGUCUCUCAUGGCGGCCGAAGGCGUGAGCCCUGCCACGCCCGCGGGUCAGCAAGCCGCGGCGUCAGAAAACCCAGCCCGCCGCGAGAGCAUCGCCGCCGCCGCGGCCGCCGCACCGCCAGAGAAGCCGCACAAAGAGCCCCCCAGCAGCACCGCUCAGACGCCCACAGCGCCGGCCGGCGGCAAGAAGGGCCAGCAGCAGCAGGAACGCCGCAAGCUCUCCGAGGCCGAGAUGCACGUCUAUGGUGUCACACAUCACGAUCGCCUGUCUAGCGGACCGACGUUCCGCUACGAGAAGAUCAACAAGCUGUUCACGCACAAGUCUAAUCAACAACAACUGCGUAUCAUGAACACGCUUAACGAACUCGACAUCCCGCCGCGGCUCGUCAUGCCCACCGCCGCGGUCACUGCCCAGUACGAGCUGCUUCUCGGCGCCGUCAAUAGUCUUCUCGACGCUAGAAAAGUCACGGACAAGAUUGACGCCGAAAUCAAGGUUGAGCUGGCGAAGAAGGCAGAGCGGGAGAAGGCCAAUGCGCCGCCAACGCCUGAACCAUCUUCGGAGUCCAAGGAAGGCGAAGGCGAGGGCCAGUCUGCGGAGAAAGAGGGCGAGAAGGCCGAGGAAAGCGAGAAGAAGGCAGAAGCGGCGGCUGCGGAGCCCGCGAAGACGGACGAAUCGAAGACCAACGGCGAGAAAGCUGAGGCCGAGGCACCUCCGGCCGCCAACGGAGACGCGAAGGCGGCUACAUCGGACGCCGCUGACGAGGGCAAGGGUGAAGCGGAAAAGGAAAAGGAGAAGUCAACCCGGCCGGGCAGUAGCGGUGCGUCACACAAGCGAAGCGCAAGCGUAUUGAGCGGUGGUGGCGCGAGUGACGACAAAACCGCGAAAAGACAGAAGAAGUGA